AUGUAUCGGAGCAGCUCCGUCGGGGUGGGAACCCCUGGGGCUGCCAAAGCGAGGGGUGUUCCUCGUGGGAGCUCCUGCUGCUCGUACAAAAUCGGACCUGUUAGUUACGCCUCUUGGCAGGCUUCUGGGAGCCAUAAGAGCAAAACAGCAAGGAGCGAUAUCUGCGGUUACACCUGUAAGCAGCGAGGCCGAAGCUGUGCGCCAUGGCCCUGCCACACUGCCCAGACCAACGCGGGUCUCCUCGGUGGCCCGACUGGUUUUUCCGGGCAAGGAAAACUUUUCUGCCCGGCAAGGCAGGCCACUGCAACCCAUACAGUCUCCCGGUCUGUGGCUUGCUCUCCUCAAGCCUGCCCCGAGCCAGCCCGCCCGCUGGCUCCCGUCCCAGCGGGAGGCCGCAGAGGCCGGAAACUCAAGGCAGGAGUGGUUCCCCGCGGGGGCGCAUCGGUGCCCCGGCGUUCGACUCGUUCUGCCUGCAGCGUGAGCCGGUGGGGCCGCGCGGGGCGCGGAACGGCGGUGAGGGCGUUCCAUCGGUUGGGCGGGGAUGGACUAGCCGGGCCUGGGAAGAUGGCCUCCUCGGAGCAAGCGGAGCAGCCCAGCCAGGCUGGCUCCUGCCCUGCGACUGAAAAUGCAGCAUCUCGGGAGCCACUGAUUGUGACAGCAGUGAAGUUUUUACAGAAUCCACGAGUCCGCCAAAGUCCUCUUGCAACCAGAAGAGCAUUUCUGAAGAAGAAAGGCCUGACAGAUGAAGAAAUUGACCUGGCUUUCCAGCAGUCGGGCACAAGCACGGAUGAGCCACAGUCCCCAGGUCCUUCUACACAGCUAGUGCCGACUCAGCCCUCUCACCCUGUGGUAUAUAGUCCACCUGGCUCCAGAUGGCGAGAUUAUGGGGCUUUGGCUAUCAUAAUGGCAGGAAUUGCCUUUGGAUUCCACCAGCUCUACAAGAAAUACCUGCUUCCUCUCAUCAUGGGAGGCAAAGAAGACAGGAAACAACUUCAGAGAAUUGAGUCAAAUAUUUCUGAGAUGAGUGGCAGUGUGACACAGACAGUGACUCAGUUACAGACAACUUUAGCAGCUGUCCAGGAACUGCUAAUCCAGCAACAACAGAAAAUUCAGGAGCUCACCCAAGAACUGGCUGCUUCUAAGGCCACAACUUCCACCAACUGGAUUCUGGAGUCGCAGAAUAUUAAUGAAUUGAAAUCUGAGAUCUACUCGUUAAAAGGACUUCUUCUGAACCGGAGGCAGUUCCCUCCCUCCCCUUCGGCUCCUAAGAUCCCGUCAUGGCAGAUCCCAGUGAAGCCAAGCUCACCCUCCAACCCUGUUGUUGCCAACCAUAAUAGCAGCAGUGACAUCUCACCUGUCAGCAAUGAGUCUACCACCUCGUCACCAGUCAAGGAGAACCACAGCCCUGAGGGUUCGAAGGUCAGCUGCCAUCUGCUGAGCACAGAGGAAGGCAACAAAGCGGUGAUUGACGUCAAGAGCCAAGUGCGGAUGGAGGUGCAGGGUGAGGAGGAGAAAAGGGAAACCAAAAGGAAUGAAGAGGAGGAAGAGGACGAUGAGGAUGAUGAUGUUAGCCAUGUGGAUGAGGAGGAAUGCCUGGGUGUCCAGACUGAGGACCGGCGAGGAGGGGAUGGUCAGAUUAAUGAGCAAGUGGAAAAGCUACGAAGACCUGAGGGGGCCAGCAACGAGAAUGAGAUUGACUAAGGCAUCCUGGCUUCUGCUGCUGCUGCUGUACAUCUUCCCUAGCCUCCUGCACUGUCCCUGGUGCCUCUCCCAUUUUGUGGAGAGAAGUGCCACCAUCCCCUCCAGUGAUUCUCCCAUGAUUGACCUUGAGUAGGGUCAUGAUUGCCCAGUGAACAAGGUGGGCCCUGUUUCACCACAGGGCUUUGCAGUGGCUUCUUCUCCCCUCCCAGACCCACCUUCUCCCCAUGAGCUGGGGUCACUGCCUAGGCUGGAAGACCAAUCGCCUUACCAUGCACCACAGCUACAGAAUAAGUCCUCCUACAAAAACACCAUCUUUCCUGAAAUGGUCAGCCUCUUCGCUGCUUCCUAGAGUCCUUCUAUCCAAUUUCAGAAACAAAUCUGUCCUGAGCUCUUUGAUUUCACAAGCCUUUAAUCCCCACAUAAGGCACAAACCAGUUCUCUGUUUCCCCAAAUAAUCCUCUGUUUUAUUUCUCAAACUACUUGAUAUUCUGUUGCCAAAAAAGAGAAUGUUUUAACCCUGAAUUCCUCACCAGAUCUUGGUCUUGGCUCUUCCAAGCCUUAUGUCAAGCCUCAAACUCCUGAAACUACCUAGCAUCUAAAAACACUAAAUUUCUGUGGGGUCCAAAGAACACUAUUUCUACCCCACAUGCUUACACCCGUCAAAGUGGCCUCUUGCUAGGGGCCAAGUCCAGGUUUCAUGGCCACAGUAAAAUCCAUGAGAACAGGUGGCUUUGUUACUGAUUGCUCCCCAAUAAAAGAAGGCUUUAAAAGAAGUUGACCCCACUCACCCCAAUUAUUACCCUUCCUCCUCUAAAGACAAGGAGCUCACUUCAGUUUUUGACAUCUUACAUUUUAUUUAUAGCUGCCCUGAAUGAAUGAAUGAAUGAGGUGGUAUCAGCUGCUGAAAUAGUUCGUUAAUUCUGAAUCUUUGCAAUGGUUCUUAGCCUGUUUUUCUCCUUAAAUGAGGAGAAAACCCAUCUUAAAUGAUCAGCUGAGACCUGCACCUACCGAGUGACAGGCACCUGCUUCAGCAAAGCAGUCUUUACAGAAGAGAGAACAGUUCCAGCUCUGAGGUACGCCGCUGGCCCUUCUUGCCCAGUCCAGCCUUUUUUUGCCCCAUUGGGGCCAUAUACAAAUUAAAACAAUGAAUUUUGAAACCUCUCAUUUGCAGCAUUGUGUUCUCAGCUCAAUUGGUGGUGUCCAAUUAUAUUAUUCACUGCAUCAGAGCCUCUUAGCAGAGCAAUUCUUGUAACAACUGAGUCUCACUGUCCUCACCAAGCAAGUG